AUGGCGUUGGAAAGCUACGUAGUGGUACACAACGUAGCAAAGAGACACAACGUUGGAACACUGGCACGAAGCGCAACAGCAUUCGGUGUAUCCGAACUAAUUCUCGUCGGUCGCAGAGAUUUCAACAGUUUCGGUAACCACGGUUCAUCAAACCAUGUCCGAUUUCGACAUUUUCAUUCUCUCCAAGAAGCUCGACAGUUUCUCAAGGAUAAAGACUGUGAUAUCUGCGGCGUUGAGAUCACGCACGAUGCUCUACCUGUGAAUCAGCAUCCUUUCAAGAAAAGUACUGCCUUUUUGCUUGGUAACGAGGGUUCUGGUCUUUCUACUAAGGAAUGUGAGAUUUGUGAUUUUUUUGUUUAUAUUCCGCAGUAUGGUUGUGGUACUGCUUCGUUGAAUGUUACUGUUGCCGCUUCAAUUGUACUGCAUCAAUUUGGAGUCUGGGCAGGUUUUGCUGAGAGAUCUCGUGAUGGAAAUAAAUUUGUUGUGGCCGAAAGACCAGCGAAACAGGGUCGACGAAAUUACUGCACAGAAACAGAAGAUUCUAUCAUCGAAGAGCGUAAAGCCAGAAGAGAAAAUGCUGCCAAUGGUUUCUUCGAGGAGACCGAGAGCUGCAAUUCAUCUUCAAACCUCCUUGAUGCAUUGUUUGUUGAUGAUUGA